AUGACGAUAUCAAUCCCUUGGGAUGAUCAGGCUGUCUGGAAGACAUCAGGUUUUCUUUGCUUCUUGAACGAUCAUCAGAUAAAUACAAAAGAUCUUAUUAUUCCACUCUCGAGUGGAGAAUCUCUACGUUUCUUUAGACUUAAACACGUAGCUACAAGCAAUGAAAAAGAGACUCAAGACCCUCGAAUACAAUUAAUUGCUGCCAAUUUGUCUCAAGAAAUCGCAAAAAUUGAUGCUGAUAGAGCUAGAAACGUCGUACCACAAGCUGUAAAGUGGCUUCCAGGCUUUUUCUCUCUACCAAUGUCCGCUCCACUAGCUCGAGCUGAUCUGUAUCAAAAUGGACAAGUGUAUGGAAUUGAUAUUUCAUCAGGAUUUGCUGUUUCACUGCUGGAAGUUCAGCCUGGCGAGCACGUGCUGGACUUGUGCUGCGCUCCUGGAGCCAAGUUGACGAUGAUUGCCGACCUGCUGCAGCUCCGUGGGAGUGUUACAGGCGUUGAUUACUCGCGCUCAAGGCUGUGUGCAUGUAGACACUUGGUGCAUAAAUAUCAUCUCUUGAGUGCAGACACCCAGUGGAGAUGCAGACUGUUCCAUGCUGAUGGACGAACGUUCAAUAUCGGACCCAAGACGGAAUGCGCAAACGUCGAUGGAAUGGAAGAGCUUCUGGACACGCAGGAAAUUGCACUAAGAGCUUCAAAAGACCAAAAACGGAAGCGAAAAAACAAAAGUGCUCGUGCGCGAGAUGCGAAGCAACAGAAAUGUCUGCUUGUCGACGCUGCUCUCUAUGACAAAGUAUUGGUGGAUGCCGAGUGCACACACGACGGCUCGAUUCGUCAUUUACAGCGAUUGAAUACGGUUGAUAAGUGGAAAGAUUACGUGCGCGACCAUUUGAAUGUGAAGGAGGUUGAACGAAUUAUAAAGUUGCAGCGUGCACUCAUCCGCAACGGCUUCAACUUGUUGCGUCCAGGAGGCACGAUGAUCUACAGCACUUGCAGUAUGUCUACAAAGCAGAAUGAAGACAUCGUGUCGGAGUUUCUUCAGGAUGAAUCGCUUGCUAAGCUUGACGCGAUCGCACGUAGCAAAGACGUCCCCUGUCAGGAAGGAAAGCUUCCAGGCACUUUACGCUUCACCCCAUCGCAAAACACGAGUGGGCUCUUUAUCGCUCGUGUUCACAAGGCAGCGGCAGGUUCAGAAACGCUCGAACGAUAG